ACAGAGCACAGUGCAUGGAGUUCCAGCUGCAUAAAUAGACUGGAUGUCUAGAAGGGGUAGAAACUUGGGCACCAUCAGCAGUCACAGAUUCUGUGGGACUUUAAUCAGGAUUCCAACAUGAACUCAUUUCCAGCAAAAAUACAGUCCAAGAUGGAGCUGGCCAGGAAAAUGGAGGAUCAGGACAAACUGUACAGGUACAAUGGAGUUCUAUACCCUGUCAUCAUGAGUCCUGAGGAAAACCUGAGGGCGCUAGAAGACCUGGAUGCAAGGCCAGAUGAUAUCAUGUUAGUUGCUUAUCCUAAAUGUGGGUUUAACUGGAUGGUUGCUGUGCUUCGGAAAAUCAUUGCAGCUGGAACUGGGCAGCAAGCGGAGUCAAGGAUGCCUCCACUAAUUGAGUUCUAUGGUCCAGAAAUGAUUGAGCCUCUUGCUCAGGCCUCAUCGCCGAGAUUUCUGGGAACCCACAUGCACCCUGACAACAUUCCAGUGUCGUUCAGUGUGAAUAAAACAAAGAUGCUGGUCAUUUUCCGAAAUCCUAAAGAUACAGUGGUUUCAUUUUAUCACUUCUCCAACAAGAACCCUGUUCUGCCAUCUGCAGAGUCCUGGGACAGUUUCUACUCAGAUUUUAUGAGUGGUGAAGUUCCAUGGGGCUCAUACUUUGACCAUGCUUUGGCCUGGGAGAAGCGAAUGGAUGAUCCAAAUGUUAUGAUUGUCACCUAUGAAGAGUUGAAGCAGGACCUGAGCGGAGGGGUUCGGCGAGUCUCUGAAUUUUUUUGCUUUAGCCUAUGUGAUGACACCAUUCAAAUGAUUGCUGAGGAGAGCACUUUCAGGGCCAUGAAGGAGAGCUCCAAGGACUCUCAUGGGCAGAUGGGCAAUGUUUUUUUCAGGAAAGGUGAGGUUGGUGACUGGAAAAAUCAUCUCAGCCAAGCCCAAAGCGAGCAAAUGGAUGCUGCAUUUGAGAAACACCUCUCUGGAACUAAACUGGGAGCCCAGCUGAAGUAUGACCUGCAUUGUAAAUGGUGAAGAAAUGAAGAAAGCCUUCCAUGCCACUGAUCAUCAGCAAACAAGCUAUAACGGUAAUGGUGUAGCACGCUGGGUACAUGAAUGGGCCUGGAUGAAAGUAAAGUAACUGCAUUUGUGUCUUAUAUGAACAGCAUCACAACACUUGAAUAUUAAACUAGGGCAUUUCUUAAGAUAAUACUGUGACUUCAGAAGCGAACAUAUCUAAGGGUAAGAACCAACCUAUUUUUUAUCGUCCUGUUUUUUUUACAAAGAUUUAGACUGCAGACUUUUGUUUUGUAUUAUUAUAACGUGAAUUGUACAAUAA